CCAUUGUGCCUUGAGUACGACCGCGCUGCACAUUGAUGGCGCGUAGAUCGACGUCAAAAGCAUCGCCGUCUCCUGGAGCUGGAACAUCAUCCGACACGGUGCAGCAUGGACCACUCGAAGAGACUCAGUUCUCUCCACACGAAUCAGAUGACCCAGACAACUUCUUUGACGUGGAGUGUAUACUGGAUGAGGACGAGACAGGUGGAACAUAUCUUUUGAAGUGGAAGGGGACAGAUCCAAACACUGGGAGACCAUGGAGACCCUCGUGGGAACCCAAGACGAACUGCACCCCCGGCCUCAUUACGGAGUGGAAGAGGAAGAAGAAAAGGAAGGGAAAAAAAGAGGGUAUGGAUCGAAAGGAGGGAGAGGCUAGUCAUCGUGAUGGACCCAAGUCCUCAACGUCUCGUUCUUCUGUGCGAUCAUCCAGCACAGCUAAACCCCAUUCGCGCACUACGCGCUCAUCUUCCGCGUCAAAACCUUACUCUUCUAUCCACUUGAACCCUGUCGAUGUCGAGAUACCUGUCAAGCAUAUCUCGGAGACGCGUGCCUCUCUGAAGCGAAACGUCAGCUCCGCUGAGCCUAAUGAAUCCCAAGAAGACGAGCCGCAACAUAUAUCCAAGCGCCCUCGUCAACGUCUAUCACACCAUGUAGAUCGACAUCAUGAAGGGAAAGAAAGUGAUGAACUGGGAUUUGCUGUGAGUAGUCGAAGAGGUACGAUAAAUACCAGAUCCAACGGGACUGGAAAAGGCAAGGAGCUGCCCCGACAAAAGAAGCCUGGGAAUUACUUGCAGGAAACGAGGCACCUAUCAGAGCCUGAUGGAGACACGAAUGGUCUGGACGAGGGCCACGAUGCUGAUGAAGAUGAAGAUGAGGAUGAAGAUCUGCGACCGCGCAUCUCGGGUUCGAGAAAAAGAGCGCAUGCAUCCAACGGAUCCGCGUCUACCAGUAGACCCAUAAAAAUCGGCCCCCCUAAGGGCAAGAAGAAGAAACCUCCGCCUCUCCCCCCGAACGCCAUAGUCAUCGAUAUAGAAUCAUCGAACGAUGAGCUGCCACAGGAAAGGGAUAGCCCAGAAAAAGAAACGGUACGAAGUCGAGAGAACACAAAGAAGCGUGAGCGGUCGAGCGUACUUUCUGAGACACCUGGUAGGGAGGCGAAGAAGCGCAAGGUGGAUGAGCCCUUGGCGAAAAGCACGAAUGUGGAAACGGAUGUGGUUCCCGAUUCGCAACCACAUUCGGUAGUAUUCAGCAACACCCAGUCUACACCCUCCAAAUCGCAGAAGACAACCGCAGAUGUCUCCCACCGAAUGCGUUCCCUCUUUAACAUACGUGAUCAAGUCACGCCCUCCAAGUUCGUCCGCAAGAAGAACCUUCUGGACUCUUCCGACAAUGAAGCAGAUACGCAACCGAUAUCGACGCAGAUUGAGAGUUUCUCGAGUCCCAGUCAGCCGAAGAAGGCAGCACCACCCAAACCUCUCAGCAUGCGCCCCAUCGAUACCGACUCCUCGAAAAAACCGCCGAAUGAUGUUAUUACUGUUCACGAAGACGACGACUGGGCAGCAACUGGUUGGACCGGCGAUGUGCGGAACAAUCACGGCGGAAACGAAGCUACGACAAAUCAGUCUGGUGAAACGAUUGACGACUUGCCGCCUGCUGUGGGUGGCGGACAAGCCGUACAAGAAGCGUCCGAGGUCAGAACAGAGACCGAAGUCGUUGAACUUGGUGACGAAGAAGUUGCUGUUAUCCACGAGGAUAUUAUUCGUGAUGAGCACAUGGUUGAGAUUGAGACUGUCCACGGUGAGCCGCAUGGCGAAAAGGACGAAGUCGUAUAUAGGGAAGUUCUGGUUGAGGAGCCGUUGGAUGAGCGGGGCAGUGGCGACAAUGAAGAUGAGGUGGUCGACAUUGUGGAAGAAAUCCAUGUUCUUGUUCCCGCUACCGCACCUGUCCCAGAGGAAGAAUCGAGUGAUUUGGUCUUACCCGCGUUCGACGAGAACGCAUCUGAAAUACAGGCCGCUCUCGACCUGGUCAGGAAUCGUGAGCAAGAGCUUGAGGUGUUGCGUGCGGAGAAGCUUGCUGAAACGACCCGCCGCGACACACUGCAGCGCAAGAACGAUGAGCUGUCUAAGGAACGUGAUAUGUACAAGGAGCGCUGCGAGUUCUUAACGAAGGAGCUCUUCGAAAGCGCACCUGUCAGAACACCGGAAGUUGUUGCGGACGAUGAAAUUACGUUUCCCGUUGGGGCUGCACCACCUUCUCAAGAUCUUGGAAUCAUACCUUCAAGCAGCAACACCAACUCGACUGAAGAAGAACUUGUCACACUACGCGGCCAGCUGGAUGUCAUUGCCGCCGAACGAGAUGAACUCAAAGUUUCGCUUGCUCUGGUCCAGGCCACAGAGGCUAACCUACGCAACGAGUUGGAGAAGCGAAAAGCCGAGAUCACUUCGUUGACAGAAAUGGUGGCUCAGUUGACGAAGCGUGCUGAAGACAGCGACGCCAAUGGUGACCUCCUCCGAGAGGUAUACGCUGCUGCUUCGGCUUCUGCUGCGGAGAACAAGAGUGAAGCUGAUGAACUUCGCACACAAAAUACCAUCCUCCGCGGUCAGAUCACGGACGGCAUUCAAGCCGCGCGAUUGUUUUCUGAGGGUCGUAUUGCUGCAUUAGAGGCCGAUGUGAACCAGUGGAAAGCAAUGGCGAACUUGCAAUUGCAGCGUGCUGAGCGCAGCGAGUUGGUAGAGAUACGCGAGAAGGCCGCUCAGGAACCUUUAUUGCAGAAGCGGAUCCGGGAUUUGAGGGCCGAGGUCAAUCACCUCGAGCAGGAGAACGAUGAUCUUGAGAAUCAAGUGAGAACCGCCCGUGCUGAACGACUACUUCUCCGGCCCGUGGAAGAGGAUGAAAGAAGACGUCGCGAAGCUCUGGAUAUGGGGCUGAAUGAAGGUCUUGCUGCGUUCGAGCCAGAUGAAAUGGUGUAUCGUUGCGAGUGGUGGGAAACGCUGAAUGGGAAGUGCAGGGCGGUUUGCAGAACGAAAGAGGAGCUCUGGAACCAUAUUCUUUCUUCUGAUCAUAUCGGGAUGAACAGCUAGCCCACUUGUGCUCUAUCGGGAACAUGUGUUGUAAUCUAUAAUGCUUUUACCUUAAUGCCAGAUUAAGCUAAGUGUACCUUCUAUGUAAUCAGUUUCCGGCUGAUGGCCGUGGAAUCAUUUGACAGUUGAC